CUUAUUUUUUUACUACUGGAUAAACUUUUAGAAUGCGAGUACACGUACCCUCUUGGCAUGGAAAACGGUGCAAUAUCUGACAGUCAAAUUACCGCCUCUUCCCAAUGGGACAGCAGUCUUAGCCCCAAAAAUGGCAGACUACAUCAUGAACAAGGCCCCGAAAAAGGAGGAGCCUGGUCAGCGAGGACAAAUGAUGAUAAACAGUGGCUGCAGAUUGAUCUAAGAGAUCAACAGACCAAAGUUACUCGCGUAGGAACGCAGGGAAGGAAUAUAAAUCUUCAGAGGGUUACAAAGUACAAACUGCAGUAUGGUAAUGAUGAAGGAAGCUUCCAAUACUUCAAGGAAGAAGGACAAAGUGCCGAUAAAGUAAGAUUGCAAAUUUCAUGCGAAUGUUCUCAGAACGUAUACUUCCAUACAUUUGUUCGUGCAUGCGUCUUUUCGCCAGAGUAAUUAAAAUAAUUUUAAAAUGUGUAUAAAAAGAAAGAUUAUCAAGUGGACCACAUGUACAUAAGGUUUUGAUAUCCUUAGCAAGAUCAGUUGGAAGCAUGAAUGAACCGAGCGUACUUGACAGCUUAACUAGAGGAAAAGCUCUCAAAAAGAGAGUUAAUUGCUCUUGUUAACCCCUUAACACCCAGAAGUGAUCAACACUUAACUUCUCUCCUUAAUAUCCAUACAUUAUCCAUCAAGCAGUUCAAGAGAAUACUCAGACAAACUUAUCAGAUAUGAGUUUUUUAUCAUGAUAUGACACCAAAUUCUCAUAAUUGUUAUUUACAUGGAAAUGUAUUGCAGCUAUUAGGGAGAAUCACCGAUCAGAUCUUGGGAGUUAGAGUGUUGAUCAAAACUGGCAGGUCUAAGCUGCCAAUUCUUGAAUUUUAUCCACCAUCAGUAAAUAUUUUCAAGGGUUGAUUUAUUAUUAAUUCUUAAUUUAUCCUAUUAAGGAGUUUAAUGGAAACACGGACAAAGACACCGUUGUGGUAAACGUUUUAAUCCCACCAGUCACUGCGCGCUACAUUCGUUUCCGACCGGUAGCUUGGAAUCGCCAUAUUUCAAUGAGAGCAGAGCUGUACGGCUGUCAUAGAGGUAAACGAAAAUUGCUGUUUUUAAUUAUUCAAUCUACUGCCGUAACACCACUUAGCUUUUAGUAUGCUCCAGGCCCUGAGUCAGAGGAGGCAAGUGAAAGCAGGCGAACAACAAAUCGAGCCAGUAGUCGUCAGGGACAUGGCUCCCUAGUUUGUUUGUAUUUUUUUUUUGUUUUUUUGUUCUGGAGAACAUCUGCUAAUUUUUGUACGCCGGCCUUCCCAUCUAUUUCCAUUUAGUGAAAGGAUGGUAGAGGCAGCACUUCUGUUUAAAAAAAGGAUUGGUGAACAAUUCUUUGUUCCUGGUUGCGCACCAUAGCACUGAUGCCCUUUGGUAUAGUAAUGGAGGCCACAACUCAAUCGUGUGCUGUUGCUAUCCAUGCCACUCUUCUUGAAAUAGAAAAAGUGACUGAAGAGUUUAAGAUGUGAAAGGAGUCCUACAUGAAAAACAAACAGAACAUUUGAUAAAACUUAGUAGUCAGAAUUGUACAACUUGCUUAGGAGGCGCUCGCUUUCUUUUUUUAACUUGCUAAAACAGCUCUUUUUAUAUAUAAAAAAAAAAAAAAAUAUGCACGCCGAGUGCAAAAAUCAUCUCAGCUCGAAACUCAUGUCACAACAACGUUUACAACCGGUAUGUUUACUUUUUGAGUCUUAAACAAUCAUAAGUUUCUCACAUGAUCAGUAACUAAUUGAGGACAACGCGUUGAUGAUUUCGUCAGGUUCACUUCGUUUUAUACAUAUAUUUUUUAAUUUUUUUUACUCCCAUCGUUGCUUAAAUAUCACUAUUUAUCCCACUUCUUUGCAGAUUCCUGCCGAUCUCUGAAAUUUACCCCAUCAAUAGAUGGCCGCGCCCUCGUGGGUCACGUGAUUAAAAACAUUACUUUGCACGUGGGUAUGCGUCAUUCCUGUAGAGGAAAGUGUGUAAUUGAUAAUAGCUGCGCAUCAUUUAACAUCGGUCCAUCAAUAAACGAUCAAGUGCUAUGUCAGUUGAGCGAUUCUGAUCACGUUAGACAUCCUGAAGAUCUGAAACCACGAGAUGGGUUUAUCUACACUGCUACUGAG